UCUGUUUUCUUGAUAGGAGCUAGAAGAUGGAUUCCAACAGGCGGCAAAGUGGAAUUCAGCAAUUGUCGGCUGCAGAGCAGGAAGCACAACGCAUUGUCAAUGAGGCUAGAAACGGUCUGAAAGUGAAAUCACUUGGUCCUUGGAUGUUUCUGCUUCUGUUUCUUGUCGUUCCGAACUUGGCUCAGUCCCAGAUACUCUUCCAGGGCUUCAACUGGGAGUCGUGGAGGCAGCAAGGCGGCUGGUAUAACUUCUUGAAAGACAAAGGCUCUGAUAUAGCCAACGCUGGAGUCACCCGCGUCUGGCUGCCUCCGCCCUCGCACUCUGUCGACGUUCAAGGUUACAUGCCGGGGCGGCUCUAUGACUUGGGUGCUUCCAAGUAUGGGAAUCAGGAUGAGUUGAAGGCGCUGAUCGGCGCUUUCCACGACAAGGGAGUCAAAUGCGUGGCCGACAUCGUCAUCAACCAUCGUUGUGCAGACAAGCAAGACGGGAGAGGCAUAUGGUGCAUCUUUGAAGGCGGAACCGAUGAUGCCCGCCUCGACUGGGGUCCACACAUGAUCUGUAGGGACGACAGACAGUACCCCGACGGCACCGGCAACCUCGACACCGGCGAGGGCUUCGCGGCGGCUCCCGACAUCGACCACCUCAACACGUAGGUCCAACGUGAGCUCACGGACUGGCUGAACUGGCUCAAGAUUGACAUCGGCUUCGACGGGUGGAGGCUCGACUUUGCCAAGGGUUACUCCUCGAGCAUCGCCAAGAUCUACGUCGAACAAACGCAGCCAAACUUCGUGGUGGCUGAGAUCUGGAGUUCAUUAGCUUACGGAAACGAUGGGAAGCCAGCAUACGAUCAGAACGGUAACCGCCAAGGGCUAGUUAAUUGGGUUCAGCAGGUCGGAGGCCCAGCGACGGCCUUCGAUUUCACCACAAAGGGAAUACUACAAGUUGCCGUGGAAGGUGAACUGUGGAGGAUGCGUGAUCCCCAGGGGAAGGCGCCCGGCAUGAUGGGGUGGUGGCCAGAGAAGGCUGUCACCUUCGUCGACAACCACGAUACCGGUUCGACGCAAAGGUUGUGGCCUUUUCCUUCUGAUAAGGUCAUGCAAGGCUACGCUUAUAUACUCACGCAUCCGGGAGUCCCUUCCAUCUUCUACGACCACAUGUUCGACUGGGGAUUGAAGGAGAAGAUAACUCGGUUGGCUGAAACCAGAACACGAAAUGGAAUUCAUUCGGGUAGCGCUCUCAACAUUCUGGCCUCUGAUGCUGACCUCUACAUGGCAAUGAUCGAUGGGAAGAUAUUGACAAAGCUAGGCUCGAGAUACGACGUGGGGAAUCUCGUUCCUUCCAACUUCCAUGUCGUUGCCUCUGGUAAUGACUACUGCGUGUGGGAAAAGAGAUGAAGACGAUGAUGAUGAAUUAUGGAAGAGGCUUUUCGCUUCUCUUUCGUUAACGUUUCUCAUCUGUGUUGUAAGAAAAAAAUAUCGUUUCUCAUCUUUGUAAAUCUAUUUUAGUGUAAAAUCUUGGGUGCUGUUGUUAGCUUUAAAUAAAAGAUGGUUUCAUUGUGAUAUUAAAUGGAAUCAUGUUUACCUGCAA